CAUCUUCCCUUUUUAACUUCUCCGCUUAUAAAUACUCCCAACUCUCCAUCCCUUUUCUCUCUAUCUAUUUCUCACAAAUUCCAAUCUUAAAAUCUCUACAAAACCAAAAAAAAAAAUAAGAAAAAAGUUCACCAAGAAAUCAAAAAAAUUCCUCAGCCGAUCCGAUCAUCAGCUUAAACGAGGCAAAACAAUGUGUUUGGUGUUCUUGUGCGACGAAGAAGAACGGGAGCUUGGGCGGCAACAAGCGCCAGGCUCAUGCCCGUACUGCGGAGGCAAAGUCGAAGCUAUGGAUGUCGAACGCAAAUGGAGUUUUUGCUUUCUACCAAUUUGUUAUAAAAUCAAACGAAAAUUCUUCUGUUCUUUAUGUGCUCGUCGCUUGGAAUUGUAUCACUGAUUUGAAUCUUUGAAGAACCAAACCAAGAACUGGUAGCUCAAGAUUUUUGUUUUUUGUUUGGUUUUGUUUCAUUUCUUUAAUUAUUUUGUGAAGAUUUUGAUUUUUAGCUAGUCAUUAAAUAAACCUGUUUAUUUAUUUCUAUGAUGAUGUAUGCGGAUGAUAAAUUUGACCUGUUUUGGCUGCAGAA